UUACGGCUGUUGGGUCAACAUGCAUGUGCACGCGCUUGGUAUUGACUUAUUUUUCAUUUUUCAAAAAAAAAAACUCUCUCCUUCUCCCCUUUUCUUGUACGCGGCAGUUGACACGAUAUUUUUUUUUUGUUUCACUGUACGGAAUCACACUACUAAGAAAAGAGACUAUUGGAUUGUAGAUUUUUUUCCCCGCUGCUGCUGCGGCACUGCAAUUUUUGUUGGGCCUUCAAACCCAACUGUUCUGCUUUUCUUUUUAGGGUUUCAUGGUUUACUUGCUUUGUUUUAUUUUUUUUAAAGCAUUAUCACUAUCAUUUUUAUCAUAUUUUCGUUUUGGGGAGUUGAAAGAAAAGAGCUUUGUUUUCUCUUUUGUUUUUUUUUUUAAAAUGAAGGUAUCUGCAUCGGACAUGCAGCCAGGGGAGACGUCCAGGCCUGCCCCUGCCUGCUACUUCUGCUGGUGCAGUGGCUUCCUCCGACGACGACGAGCACCAGCAGCAGCCUUUGCAUUCGUCGUCCUCCACGCUCAUCGUCCCUUCCGUUCCCUCACUUCUUCCUCCUCUUCCUUCCCUUUUCCCUCUUCUUCCCCUUCUAUUUCCUGCAUCGCCAUCUUACCUUCACUCUUUCUCUAUUCUUCCGCUUUCUUUUUUUGUUUCUUUGUGUUUCUCUUUUGUGGAUGAGAGAGAAAGAGGGAGAGCGGAGAAAAUGGUGGUGGUAUCGGAAGUCGCCUUGUCCCCACCCUCCACCUCUCCUCCUUCGCUGCGGGGGCCAUGCCCCAGGACUCCCCCUUCCUACCCCGACCUGUACGGCAAGUAUCGGCUGCAGAAGCAGAUUCAGAUCCUAAAUCGUGAAAUAGGUUUCCUGGAGGAGGAGCUGACGUCUCUGGAUGGCCUUCCACCUGCUUCUCGUUUCUGCAAAGAGGUCGAAGAUUUUGUACGAGAACACCCCGAUCCACUAGUACCAAUAAAAAGGACGAUCAGGAGAUCACAUCGAAUUUGGAGGAUUUUGCGUGUGGUUUUUUGCUGCAACCUCUCAUGCUUUCGCUACGGCAGUGGCUGCUCUAUUGGUGUGCCAAAAAGUUUUGAUUGCAAUGUAACAAAGUGCUGGAGGUGGUGUUGUGCUGCAUAUUGCUGCACCUGCAAACCAUGCUAUGUGCUGCCAAAUUGUCCGGAUUGCAGAUGCUGUAAACCUGAUUGCACUUGCACGUUGCCUGAUUGCUCUUGUUGUGCCCCUGAAUGCGGUUGCCUACCAGACUGCUCCACUUGCUGUUACUGUAAGCUGCCAAGAGCCUCUUGCCCUAGUUGCAGGCGCAAUGUACCAGACUGUUCUUGCUGUAUUCCUGACUGCAGAUGCAGUUUACCUGACUGCUCUUGCUGCAUCCCCAACUACAGUUGCUGUAUAUGUUCUUGUCCAAAAUGCCCUAGGAUUUCUUGUAGUUGGACGAAUUCUUCCAAUAUCUGCUGUAUCCCUUCCUGGUUGUGCUAGAAAUAAAGCGGCCUUUUUCCUUUCUCCAGCGUGGCUAUAGCUGUGAAUUGUGAUAUACUUGCGUUCCCGAGAAUAUGGUGUUAGGCUGAAUCUGUGAAUUGGUAGCUGCUAUUAAUUAAUUGAUGGUUUUUAUUGGC